AUGAAAGAGAAAUAUGUGCUGAUAAAAAAAAUCCUGAAUAAAAAUAAUGAUAUUAUUUCAAAUGAUACAACCGUAUCUUGUUGUGAUAAUAUUUUAUGUACAUCAUCUUGUUCAUCGUUAGAUGAAAAAUGUGAUGAAGAAGAAAUAAAUAAAUAUGACGAUUUCUUAAAAGGUACCUCUCGUUUAUCUUCUUUGCUUAAAUCACCUUAUUUCUCAUCAAUAUCAUCGUAUCGACCAUGUAAAGGAUUAUCAAAUAAUGCGUCCUUCGAUUUGUCGUCGCAUAAGUCAUCCUUUGAUGUGUCGUCGCAUAAGUCAUCCUUUGAUGUGUCGUCGCAUAAGUCAUCCUUCGAUUUGUCGUCGCAUAAGUCAUCCUUCGAUUUGUCGUCGCAAAAAUCAUCCUUUGAUUUGUCGUCACAUAAGUCAUCCUUCUCAUCAUCUUCAUGUCCUCCUUCGUCGACAUUUUCUUAUGCUUCCUCUGUUACCUUAUCUUCUCGUAAGGAAAGAAAAAAAUGGGAUAUAAGAACGCAUGGGAGUUUAUAUAAAAAAUGGAGCUGUAACAAGAAUGAUGAUAAAGACAUGUGGAUACACAGAAUGAAUUUUCAUAAACAUCCUAACCACAUUGUAAAAAAAAAAAAACAUGAUUAUAAUAAGGAACACAAAAGUGCUUAUUGUAAAAAUGGUGAUGAUGUUAAUGAUGAGGAGUACUUAAAAAGGAUGACAAAAAAUAUUGAGAACUAUAUAAGAAAGAUGAAAGAUAUGAUUUAUUACAAAAGACAAAUAAAAAAGACAAAAAAAAGAAAGGAGAAAAAAAGAAAGGAGAAAAAAAUAAAGGAGAAAAAAAGAAAAAAAAAAAUAAAGAGGAGUGUAAAUAUAAAAAGCAUAUGUAAUGAUAAUAAUAUAAAAGAGUAUGAUAAUAUGAAUUAUAAUUAUAUCAAUUAUAAAGAUCAUUUAAAUUAUGAGAAUAAUAAUAUAAAUGAUUAUAAUAUUCAUCAUUAUAAAAAAGAUAUACAGAAAUUAUAUGAACACCUAAAUUACGAACAAAAUAAUUUAUCAACAUCUUUAUUAGAAAACCAUUAUAUUAAUAAAAAUGAAACAGACCAUAAUUUAUUUUGGACAUGUUGUUCUGAAGAAAAUGUAGAGAAACCAAGAGAGAUGGUAUUUCAAAAAAAUUGUGAUUUAAAAAAAAAAAGUAAUGAAAUAUUCAUAAGCCAUACACAAAAUACAUUUCCUUAUAAUAAUAAUUUAUCUUGUAUUUGUUGUGCAAGAAUAUAUUUGAUCGAUAAAAUAAUAAAAGUAACGUCUAAUAAAAUAAAACCUUUAUGUAUAUGUUGUUUUGAUAUAUUAUUAAAUUUAAUUGGUAUCAAUACAAUUAUAUGUAUUUCAUGUUUUAAAUGUUAUUUCCCGUUUGAGUUUGUGAAUAAAUGUGUUAUAUGUAAUUCUUUUGACAUGAUUAAUUUAAAAAAAGAAGAUAAGAGAAAUAUGAAUAUUGUUAAAAAAGAAUUACAUAUAUUUAUGGAAUUGUAUAAAUAUAAGUUUAGUGAUCAUUUUAAUUCUGACAUAUUCUUAAAUUAUUUUAUAAAUAUGAAUUAUUGUUUUAAAUAUCUUUAUUAUUAUUUUACUAUUCAUCAACAAAUAGUUAUAUCGAAUAAUUUUGUUUUGGCUAGAUAUACUUUUCCAUUUUCUCAAUUACUUCAAAUUAUACAAAAGGAUAAACAUAAAAAUAAAAUGAACAUGGAAAAAAAUAUGAGAAACGAAUUUCAUGAUGAUAAACAUGAAUUUGAUGAUGAAGAAAAAUAUAAAAAUGAAAUACAACUUAAAAUAGUAAAUACAAAAGAAAAUGAUCAUGUUAUUAAUCAUAUGAACAGCCAUUUAAGUGAUCAUGUAAAUAAUAAUAUAAAAGAUAAUAUAAAUCAUAAUAUGUGUGUUAAUACACAAAAUGAAUUACAUGACGAAUAUACAAAUAAAGUAAAUGAAUAUUACCAAAUAAAAAACUUUGAAGGUAAAAAUAAAAAGCACAUAGGAGAGCAAACAUUUGAAGAACUAAACAGCAUACAAAAUAAAGACGCACAAGAGGAAUAUAAUAUUAUCCAAGAAAUAAAAGAAGACAUUAUGAUGGGAGAAAGAAACAACAAAAAAGAAAAUUACAUAAUGAAAAAUGUAGAAACAAAUAAAGAAAAAGAACAAAUAAUAAAGGAGAAAGAAAUGAAGCACAUAGAAAAUGAUACAAUAAUUAAAGAUGACAAAGUUGUUGAAAAGGAGGUGAAUGAUAAAAUAAAUGUGGUUAAUGUUAAAGAUAUAGUGGACAAAAUAAAUGUGGUGAAUGUUAAAGAUAUAGUGGACGAAAUAAAUGUGGUGAAUGUUAAAGAUAUAGUGGACAAAAUAAAUAAUUUGGAUAAUCCAAAUAAAAAUGAUAAAGAAAACAAUAUAAAUUUAAAUACAGUACAUAUUAAUAAUAAAAAAAAAGAAGAUAAAAAAGAAGAAAUAUGUUCAGAAAAAAGAAACAAAGAUAUAUUAAUAGUAGAAAAAAAAAAUAAAGAUAUUUUCAAUAAAAAAAAGUCUAUUAAUAUAAGAAAUAAAUUAUAUAAGAACAAAGACAAAGGUAAUUCCAAAGAUUCAGUUGAAAAUUUUUUUUAUACUUUUAGUAAAACAAUUAUAUCUCAUAUUGAGAAAUUGAAAAAUAAAAAAAUCAAAUUUUCUUUUAACGAAUUUAAAAAUACUCAUAUAAAAUUAAAUGAACUAAAUUUUAACAACACUAUUCGAAAGUAUUAUGCAAAUGGUGAUUUGAUUUUGUAUUAUAUAAAAUAUUUACAAAGGCAAGAAAAGGAAAUACACAAAUUAUAUCAAAAUUAUAAGAAAACAGAGAAUGAUGUUGAACACUUCAAGAGGAGAUUUAGAAUACACUAUGGAAAAGAAGCAAACGAAUAUGACUUAAACAAAAAUAUAUAUUUGAAAUUUAAACUACUAAACAAAGUACAAUUAUUAUUAGAACAAAAAAUAAAAAAUUUUGACAACAUGCCAAAAAAUAUGGAAGUAUAUAAAAUAAUUAAUGAAUUUGGUGAGUUGAUAGAAGAAGUAUCCUUACAAAAUAAUACAUAUGAAAAAAAUAAUAAUAUUCUUAUUAACUAUUAUUUAAAAAAUAAUAUAUUUAGAAAUGAUAAAUCUUUAUUAAGACAGAAAAAAAAAAGAAACAUUUCAAUAAACAAAUUAAAUGAGAAUUAUGAGUUAUUGAAAGAAAAUAUAAAUUCAGUUCUUAAUAUAUUAUUAUUUUUAUAUGAUACAUUUAAUAAAAAUAAAAAUUUAAAUCAACUUGAUUUAUUUCAUAUCUUGAAGAAAAUCAAAAUGUUUCUAUACGAUAAAGAAAUAAAAAAAUUAUAUAACCAUUUUAAUGAUGAUCAAUAUAAUCAUAAUAAAAAUAAUAAAACAACAAAAUCAAAUGAAAUUACAAAAUGGAAAGAAAAAAAUGUAGAGAAAUGUGAUCAUAUUUUAUCACGUAAUGAUAUAAGACCAGAAAUCAUAUGCAUAUUAAAUAUUAGAAAAAAAAAUAUGAAUAAUUUCCUAAUAAAUAAUAAUAAUAAAGUUCAAAUAAUUAAUAAAAAUUGUUUACAACUUUUUAACGAACCAUAUAAUUUUGAUCUUAUCUAUAUAAAUAAUAUUUAUUUUAAACAUUUUAUUUCAAAUAAAAUUAUAAAUAAAUAUAUUCAUAAUUUUGUUAAUAAAAACAAUGUUGUCUUAUUCAACUUUUCUAUUAAUUAUUUAAAAAAUAAGAAAAAAAUAUCGUUUUUUAAUUCCUUUCAUGAUUAUUUUAUGAAUGUAGAUAAAACAAAAAUAAAUACAUAUAUCAAACAUCAAUUACACAAAAAAAAUGAGGAAAAAAAAAAUUUUAUAAAUAAUAAUGAGGAAAAUCAUCAACAUAUAAAUGAAUAUAAAAUUAAUAGUGUACAACAUAUUAAUAAAUGUUCACAAAAAUGUAUGAACAGAAAAAAAAAAAAAAAAAAAAAAUAUUCAGACAAAAAAGGAAAGAACAUUUUGUCAUCUAAAAAUAGAAAGAAUCAAGAAAAAAAUAUAAAAUAUAAAAAAAAAACUCUUUUCAAAAAAAUUAUAAAUGAAUUAAAUAAUAAAUUAAAUCAAAAAUAUUCUAAUGAAAAAUAUAAUUUAACAUUAAAUAUUUAUGCACAGAAAAAAAAAAAAAUUUACAACAUUAAUAAAUGUUUAUUCAGAAAUGAAACGAAUUUAUAUUAUCAAAAGAAUGACAUACAUAAAAAAGAACAUAAAGUAGAAAUUAUGUUAAUUAAUAAUUAUGAUAAUAAUACAAAUCAUAAAAUAAACGAAAAAAUAAUACAAAAAGAAGAUAUGAACAAAUGUAAAGAGAAUGAGGACUCUUUCCAAGACAGAAAAAAUAAUCUAUAUGAUGAAAAUAAUAUAGACCAUACAUAUUAUGAUGAAGAUAAAACGAACCCUUUUCUUCCCUCAUAUGGUAUGGAUAUAAAAAAUAUAAAGAAUAUAAAUAAAUACAUAAACUUUAAUAAUAUGAAUAAAUUUAAAAAGUCAUCCAUCAUAUUUCUCAUACAACUUGAACUAUUUUUAACAUCUGAUGAAAAUAUAAACAUUCCAAAAAAAAAAAUUUUACAUUUUACCUUAGUUGAUAUAAACAUUCCAAUAUUGUAUAUUUUGAAAAAGAAAAAUAAUGUUAAUUAUUUUAACGAAUUUAAAAAGAAGCAAAAUUUUGAUAAUAUUUUUAUAAACUAUAUUCAAUCCUACUUUUUUAAUACAAACGUAAACCAUUAUUCACAUAAUAUAAUUACACACUUGUUUCAAAAAAAUCCUUACAUAUGUUUCCUUCUAUAUAUCCAUGAUGAUUUUAUCUUCACUAAUAAUUCUGAAUAUAACAAACUUCAUCAAAUUCAUAAUGUAAAAAAGGAAAACUAUUCUCGUAAUAUGAUUUUACAGUUGUUAUAUAUCUAUUACAUGUGUAAUAUUUGUGAAUGCUUCAAUUUUAUAAAACAACACUGUUAA